AUGGCAGCUAAUAUUCCAGCCAAAUUGAGAGCGGCCGACCUCACCAGAUAUAUCGUCAGAGCAGCUCAACUCGAGACUGCGAAGCCUGUGAUAUCGUAUUGGUGCGAAUACUGGAUCGUCAAUCAGGUGCUUGCGAAAGGACUUCAGAAUGACGACCAGGAGGUUUUACAAUAUACUUUGAAUCUGAUGGACAAGCUUGAACAGGUCAAAGCCGACAAUGCGACAAAUGACGCGAUCCUUGACGACGCCGCCGGACAAGCAUAUGUUGAACACUUUGGUUUGGAGACUUUCUUCAGGGCAGACAGAGCUGUCAAGGCAAACGCAGUCACGAAACAAACUGCGGAUACCUUCCAAGCUGCUGCAACUUUCCUCGAACUUCUCAAAAUCUGGGGGGCUCCAGAUACAGAUACAGCAGCCAAGAUCAAAUACGCAAAAUGGAAUGCGAUACGGAUCAUGAGAGCAUUGAAGGAAGGAAAGGACCCCAACGAAUCGAAUCCGAAGAUUGAAUCUGCCGAUGAAGAAUUGCCAGCGCUUGAUCCCAAUGACCCGGAAGUCUUGCAGAUUGGAGGACCAAACAAACCGCAACCAGCCUCUGUCGAAGAUGAUGUACCCGACGGACCAAGCCUUGGAAGGGAAUUCUCUGUUGGCCAGUCUCUGCAUCCUUCGGCACAGCCGUCAGCCCAAGUGUCUGCACCCGAAUCUCCUAGAAAAAAUCCCGCGUAUGAGCCUUAUCCAAAAGAUGGAUUCCCUUACACGGCGGUCCGGGACGAAAAGGUUUCUCCAUUGGAACCUUCACCUAAUGAAAGAGACGAUUCAGUCGGAGGAGGAUACUUUCCUGAAGUGCCAACAUUUACCUCUGAAACACAAGAGUCAACACGACAGACCGCACCAUCAACAGAUGCUAUCAACCUCGGCCUUCCAGAUCAACCGUCAGCGCCUCCAGGCAGCGGGUUAGGACUUCCAGAUCAUCCUACAGGGUUCCCAGGAGUGCAACGAUCUCCAGAUUUCGAGUCGUUCCCACCACCCUCUAUUCCUGACAAGUCUGCACCUCCCCCACAGGACUUCUACCGCCAGGCCCCUCCCUCACAUGCCACUCCGCAGUUUCCACCUCCACCCCAUCAGCCGCACCUUGCCCAUCCCGCCGCAGGCCAGCAGCCCACAAAUCUACCCCACCCACAAAAAGACAACCCACCUCCUCUCUCUGACCUUCCGGCAACCAAAGGUCAACUAACCACGGACGACAUGUCGAUUGCCAAGGCGCAGAAGCAUUGCCGAUGGGCUAUCUCCGCAUUGAAUUUUGAAGACGCGGCAACGGCAGUCAAGGAAUUGAGGGAAGCGCUAAAAACUUUGGGCGCGGAAUGA